AUGGACGGUGAACAACCGUACAAAAUUCAAAAUGAUUAUCAUCAACGAGCUGCUGGUUUCCUUCGUCAAGCACUUGAAUUCGACGAACAAUCACAUAAUAAAGAAAUGGCUAUACUAUUAUACAAACAAGGUAUACGUGAAUUAGAAAAAGCAGUAAAUUUAAAUGUUGAUCCUAAAGAUAAUCGUGCUGUGGAAUUGCAUGCAAAAAUGCGUAAAAAUCUAGCUAUGGCUCGUGAACGAGUGCAUGCUUUACAGGAUUUACUGCAUAAAGAGAAUGCAGCACCAGCAAAAGCUCAGGCUGUUCCAACAAAAGCUCGUCCUAUUCCAACAAAAGCUCAACGUCCCACGCCUCCUCGUAAAGUUGCUUCACCACCUCCAUCUGCUUUACCUAAAUUUUGCUAUCGUGCUUUGUCACCUGCUAUUGCUUCAUCUUCUUCUUCGUCAUCAUCAUCAUCAAAACGUGUAGCACUUAAGCCAAAACAGGCACCUACACAUGCAGUUAGUGCUGAAAAAAAAGAACUACCAUCAAAAUCAAAUGAUGAUGCAGCUGCUGCUCAAAACAAACAACCUUUACUCAAAUUACCUAAUGUUGAAAAACAACUUAUUUCAUAUAUUCUUGAUGAAGUUAUAGUAAAUAAACCCAACGUUAAAUUCACUGAUAUUGACGGUCAAGAAAGAGCCAAACGGGCACUUGAAGAAGCUGUUAUUUUACCUGUUCUUCGGCCCGAAAUGUUUACUGGUCUACGAGCACCCGUAAAAGGCAUUCUAUUGUUCGGACCCCCUGGUAACGGCAAAACAAUGCUGCUUGGUGAAGGUGAAAAACUUGUUCGAGCUUUAUUUGCUGCUGCUCGUGAAUUACAACCAUCAAUUAUCUUUAUUGAUGAAGUUGAUUCAUUACUUAGCGAGCGUAAAGAAUCUGAACAUGAUGCAAUGCGUCGAUUAAAAACGGAAUUUCUUGUUCAAUUUGAUGGUGUUCAAACAAAUAGUGAUGAUCGUAUUCUUGUUCUUUCUGCAACAAACCGCCCAUUUGAAUUAGAUGAUGCAGCAUUAAGACGUUUUCCUUGUCGUAUUUAUAUUCACUUGCCAGAUUCAAGAACACGUCGACAUCUUUUACAACAUUUACUUAGUAAACAAGAACAUAGUUUAACUGCUAGUGAUUUCGAAUGGAUUGCUAGUGAAACACAUAAUUACUCUGGUAGUGAUUUAACUGCAUUAGCCAAAGAUGCUGCAAUGGGUCCCGUACGUGAAUUACGUGUUGAUGAAUUAAAACAAUUAUCUGUUAGUCGUAUUCGACCAGUAUCACGACAAGAUUUUGUUCAAGCAUUAAGAAAAAUUCGACCAAGUGUAUCACCAUCAACAAUUGAAAAAUAUAUUACAUGGAAUCGUACAUUUGGUGAUUGUAGUUCAUAA